AUGCCGUGUCGCGUGGACAUCGCAAGAACCUGGGGCUGGAUCCAGGACCCGUACACGCACCCAGCAGCUCACAUCGCCAGCUGCGUCUCUUUUUGCGUUGCUGGCGCUGCAAUGUGGGGGUUGGCAUUCUUGGUUCGGAAAGGCUGCCUACAGCGUUCCCGCAACAUCCAGAAGGCUUUGGUUGCAGCUUAUCUUGUUCGCGGCGUGGGCUAUGUCGUGGAGGGGAUUGCGCGCAUCGUCUUCAACGAGAGGGAUGGGCUGGGCCUUGCCCUCAGCGCCCGCACAGUUGUUGUGCUGUCUUUGUACGUUUGGGUCGUGCUGUCGAAUGGCUUGGGCGAGGCGGUCUUUCCAAACCGGCGGAUGCUUUGGCUGACAGCUUGGGUCAGCACAUCCGCCUUCUUGCCGGUGACUCUGACGUUGCUCUUCCUCUUCUCAGAGGAGAGUGCGGUCGUAGCCAUGUGUGCCGCAGCCUUCGCUGACUUCUACUGGGCUGCCAUGUGGUUUCUCGUGAUGACCUUCGGGAUCGAGAGAAACCAUCUCUGGUGCCGUUUUGCUGCGCUGAUCUACAGCAAGGUCAUUGCGCUUCUCAUUGCGGUGGCAGGAGCUAUUGUCAUAGCUCUGACGGAGAGCGCCUGCGGACCACGAGGGCACGGUGACUGCUAUGAGAAGUGCCGUUUCAACGGCGGCGGCUGGCACGACUUCCUCGGCCUCUUCUUUGGCUUCUUCGGGCAUCUCUUUGCUUUUGUCUUCUGGGUGCUGGAUGCUGUGCCGGUUGAUGUCCAGUGGCCUCCGUCCACGUGGGAAUAUGUCUCCGGAGAAAAACGCGGCCGCGGCGGCGAAGUGUGUGACGGCCAAGUGGCUCCUUCAAGGCUGCCCCCGGCCGUGCCUGAGAAUUGA